AUGAACGAAUCAAAAUCAAAUCAAAAUGCUGCUGCAUCAUCAAAUAUUCGGCAACCACAACAACGUAUGGCACAAAAUUACCUUCUCAUCUGGGUAGAUGCCAGCAUCGACCAAGCAGACAAGGACUGCCAAAAUGCACUGGCUCAAUUGAAGAACGUGAUCAACAAUGCCAAUCUAUGUACGGAACCGAAUCAGUGCAUCCAAACACUCAACCAGAUGGGCAAGGAACGAGCUUUUGUGAUAAUGUCGGGCUAUUUGGGUCAACAUUUAGUUCCUGAAAUUCAUGAUGUGCCACAGCUAGAUGCCAUUUACAUCUUUUGUGGCAACAAAUCCAGGCAUGAGGGAUGGACUCAAAAUUGGAAAAAAAUCAAAGGUGUCCAUACAAAUAUCAAAGAAAUUUGUCAAGCAUUGCAAUUGGUGGUUAAACAAUGUGACCAGGACACAAUUGCCGUAAGUUUUCUUACGGUAAAUGAAAUGUCUUCAACUGAGAAUUUGAAUCAGUUGGAGCCAACUUUCAUGUAUACUCAACUAUUCAAGGAGAUUCUCCUUGAUAUUGAAUAUGAUCCCAAGGCAAUUCAGGACUUAGCAACAUGUUGCCGCGAAGUUUUUGCUGACAACUCAAUUGAAUUGCAAGUGAUUGACGAAUUUGAACGUGACUAUGAUCCAGAAAAAGCAAUAUGGUGGUAUACAUGUGAGUGUUUUACCUACAAAAUGCUCAAUCAAGCACUUCGAACUAUGGAUGCCGAUAUAAUCAUUAACAUGGGCUUCUUCUUACGUGAUAUACAUCAACAAAUUCAACAGCUGCAUGAACACCAGGCCAUUAGUUAUGGAAGAAAACCUUUUUUAGUUUAUCGAGGACAAGGUCUUAUGAAAUCAGACUUUGAAAAACUUCAGAAAGCAGAAGGUGGACUUAUGUCCUUUAACAAUUUCUUGUCCACCAGUAAAGAUGAAAAAGUGUCCCUCCGUUUUGCUCAAGGUGCUACAACAGAACCAAAUAAGAUGGGAAUUCUCUUUAUAAUGUCCAUUGAUCCUUGCUUGAAAUCAGCACCAUUUGCCUCUAUCAAAGAGAAGAGUUAUUUUAAGGAAGAAGAAGAAAUUCUCUUCUCAAUGCACACAGUCUUUCGAGUGAAUGCAAUUAAACAAAUAGACAAUGAGAAUCAACUGUAUCAAGUUGAAUUAGAUUUAACAUCGGAUGAUGAUCAACAACUUCGAUUACUUACUGAUCGGAUACGAGAAGAAGCUGGUGGUAGUACUGGAUGGCAAAGAUUGGGUAAACUAUUGCUUAACAUCGGUCAAUUUAAUAAAGCUGAAGAACUUUAUAAUGUAUUACUCGAACAGACAUCUGAUGAUGGAGAAAAAGCUCAUUAUUAUGUUUGUCUGGGAUAUGUCAAAAAUCACCAGGCUGAUUAUGAAAAGGCUAUUUGGUAUUACGAACAAGGACUUGAAAUUCAACAAAAAACUCUUCCUUCAAAUCAUCCUGAUUUGGCUACUUCAUACGAUAACAUUGGUUUGGUGUAUGGCAACAUGGGAGAAUACUCAAAAGCACUUUCAUCUCACGAAAAAGCACUUGAAAUUCGAGAAAAAACUCUUCCUGCAAAUCAUCCUGAUUUGGCUACUUCAUACAACAACAUCGGUAGUGUGUAUGAUAACAUGGGAGAGAACUCGAAAGCACUUUCAUAUCAUGAAAAAGCACUCGAAAUUGAACAAAAAACUCUUCCUUCAAAUCAUCCUGAUUUAGCUAAUUCGUACAACAACAUCGCUUCCGUGUAUUACAAUAUGAAAGACUAUUCGAAAGCACUCUCAUAUUUUGAACGUGCUCUAGACAUAUUACGACGUGCAUUACCUCCAACUCAUCCUAAUAUAAAAAGUGUGAAAAACAGUAUUGAAAUUGUAAAAAAGAAUUUAUAA